AUGGCAGAGAUGGAAAUGGCCCUGGACGUGCCCAUCCUGGAAGAUAAGGAGCUGGACGCGCUGCGAAUCAUUAGACACCAAAGUUUUUGUCCCGAACUAUCCAGGACCCGCCCGAAGAUCCACAGGAGACGGCCGGAUUUUUGCGGAGCGUGUGCAGUGCAGGAUAUCAAGGAGAUCCUGUUGGCCGCGGCCGAGAAUAGCAGUAUGGAGCUAGCCCGUCGGGUCUUGAGCCAAGGCGCCUGCCCCAACGGUGGCACCUCAGAACGUCGGCCCCUGUGCUUGGCGGUUGAGAAGGGACACACACAGCUUGUCUGGUGUUUGGUGGAUGCCGGCGCGGACAAAGACCUACCAGACACCACUGUUCCACAGCAGAGCCCGCUGAUUCUGGCGGCGCGCUUUGAACACCCGCAGCUGCUGCGCUUUCUGCUGGACGUGGGUGCCGACGUGCAUCAGCUGGACACUUCCCGACGCAGCGCGCUGAGCUUCGCGGCAGAACACGGAGACUUCGCCAUGGUGAAGAUGCUGCUUGAAGCUGGUGCCGCCGUGGAGGUGAUUGAUGAUGCAGGUUCUUCGCCUCUGUCCCUAGCGGCAGAACAAGGCCACCGUCAAGUCGUUUGGUGCUUGGUUGAUGCUGGAGCUGACAAGGAUCGGCGCGACGGCUCGGACAUGUCCCCGCUCUGCCGAGCUGCUGAAAGGGGUCACUUUGAGGUGGUGCGCUUCUUGGUGGAUGUGGCGGUAGACGUUCGUGAGGUGUGCGCAGGACGACAGCCCUUGCAUUGGGCCAUGGAGAGUGGACAGCUUUCAAUUGUACGUUUCUUGGUGCAGUCGGAAGCCGGGCUGGAAGAGAGGGACCACCAGGGCCAGACGCCCUUAAGUCUUGCGGCGCAGAAAGGGCACUACCAGAUUGUGUCCUUCUUGGUGGACGCUGGUGCCAACAGGGAUUCCACGGACCACCAAAAACGCAGCCCAUUGUGGUGGGCAGUGCAGAACGGCCACGCCACGGUGGCGCGCUUCCUCAUCGACGUGGGAGCCAGGGUGGACUGCGCGGAUGCCAUGGGGCAGACUCCGUUGAGCUGCGCUGUAGCUUGGAGGGAAAGGGAUGGGAAGGGAAUCGGAAUCCUAUGA